AUGAUAAUUGCAACCCUUGUCAAGUCAUUUGAGGUCUGUGAUCUACCAGUCAGAGCUGCCAGGUUUGUCGCUCGCAAGAACUGGGUCAUCACUGGAUCAGAUGACAUGCAAGUGAAAGUAUUCAACUAUAACACCCUUGAGAGAGUUCAUAUGUUUGAGGCUCACUCAGAUUACAUCAGGAGUAUAGGCAUACACCCGAUCCAGCCGUACAUUCUAACCAGUAGCGAUGACAUGCUUAUCAAGCUGUGGGACUGGGAUCGUAAGUGGCAGUGUACUCAAGUUUUUGAGGGACACACCCACUAUGUGAUGCAGAUAGUCUUCAAUCCCAAGGAUAACAACACAUUCGCCAGCGCCUCACUGGACAGAACAGUCAAGGUUUGGCAACUUGGCUCCAGCACACCUAACUUCACCCUUGAAGGUCAUGAGAAGGGCGUAAACUGUGUAGACUACUACAACGGUGGCGACAAACCGUACCUCGUCUCGGGCGCUGAUGAUAAACUAGUCAAGAUCUGGGAUUAUCAGAACAAAACCUGUGUACAGACCCUGGAAGGCCAUGCUCAAAAUAUUUCUUGUGUUAGCUAUCAUCCGGAACUUCCUAUCAUCAUGACAGGAUCAGAAGAUGGUACUGUAAGGAUAUGGCAUGCCAACACCUACAGAUUAGAAACCACACUGAACUAUGGUCUAGAGAGAGUAUGGACCAUUGCAAACAUGAAAGGAUCCAACAAUGUUGCUCUUGGAUAUGAUGAGGGCAGCAUCAUUAUCAAGCUUGGGCGAGAGGAACCAGCAAUGUCUAUGGAUUCUAGCGGAAAGAUCAUGUGGGCAAAACACUCUGAAAUACAACAAGCUAAUCUCAAAGCCAUGACUGAUUAUGAGAUCAAGGAUGGUGAGAGACUGCCACUAGGAAUCAAGGAUAUGGGAAGCUGUGAUGUUUACCCUCAGACCCUCGCUCAUAAUCCAAAUGGAAGGUUUGUGGUAGUAUGUGGAGACGGAGAAUACAUCAUCUACACUGCUAUGGCCCUCAGGAACAAGAGCUACGGAUCCGCCCUUGAGUUUGUCUGGUCGCAUGAUUCCUCUGAAUAUGCCAUCAGGGAGAGCAGUACUUCUGUUAAACUUUUCAAGAAUUUCAAGGAGAAGAAAUCAUUUAAACCAGACUUUGGAGCAGAAGGAAUCUUUGGUGGUUCAUUACUCGGCGUUCGUUCAAGCAGUGGGCUUGCUUUUUAUGACUGGGAUUCAACGGAGCUUAUUAGGAGAAUAGAGAUUACACCUCGACAUCUCUUCUGGUCUGAGAAUGGCGAGUUGCUGUGCAUAGCAACAGACGAGUCUUACUUCAUCCUUAGAUACAGUCCUGAUGCGGUUGCCAAGGCACAGGAAACAAACGAAGGAAUAACUGAGGAUGGCAUUGAAGAGGCUUUUGAGGUUGUAGGUGAGAUUGAGGAGAUUGUUAAGACAGGCUGUUGGGUCGGUGAUUGCUUCAUCUACACCAACUCUGUUAACAGACUCAAUUACUACGUUGGUGGAGAAAUCGUCACAAUCUCACAUCUUGACAGGACCAUGUACCUGUUGGGGUAUAUCGCCAAGGACAAUCGUCUCUACCUCGGGGACAAGGAACUCAAUGUUGUCAGCUUCUCUCUCCUUCUGUCUGUCCUGGAGUACCAGACUGCCGUCAUGAGAAGAGACUUCAACACAGCUGACAAGGUCCUUCCCACAGUACCUAGAGAACAUCGGACAAGGGUGGCUCACUUCCUGGAGAAACAGGGUUUCAAGUCUCAAGCCUUGGCCGUGUCCUGUGAUACAGAACACAAAUUUGACCUUGCUCUUCAACUAGGUGAAUUGAAAACAGCAUACAGUCUGGCUGUUGAGUCUGAGUCUGAGCAGAAAUGGAAGCAGCUUGCCGAGCUUGCCACGUCUAAGUGUGAAUUUGAACUGGCCCAGGAGUGCCUUCACAAGGCCCAGGACUAUGGAGGUCUCCUCCUCCUGGCCAGCUGCUCCGGCAAUGCUACUAUGGUUGAUAAGCUGGCAUCCACGGCAGCAGAGAAUGACAAGAAUAACGUUGCUUUUGUUGGCUACUUCAUCAGGGGAGAGACUGAGAAAUGUCUGGAGCUUCUCUGUCGGUCAGGACGACAUCCUGAGGCAGCUUUCUUUGCCAGAACAUACCUUCCAAGCAAAAUAUCAGAGGUUGUCCAAGCAUGGAAAGAGAGUCUGAAGAAGGUCAACACCAAGGCUGCUGAUGCCCUCGCAGACCCAAUGCAGUACGAGAAUCUUUUCACGGGACUCAAAAAGACCGCACAGGCUGAAGAGUUCCUCAAGACCCGACGAACCACCAUACCUGCAAACAAGUUUCCUUCUGUACCGAGUACAAGUGAAAGAGAUGUGAUGGAAGAAAUGCAGCAAGCUAUUGCGAGUGGAGCAUUCACUGUGGGCCAAGAGCAGGAGCCUAUGCAGGAGGCUGAGGCAGCUCCUCCCCAGGAGACUCCUGCAGCUCCUCCCCAGGAGACUCCUGCAUCAGCUCCUUCAGAAUCCACCAAGCCGGCUCCCGCCGAGGCUCGUCCAAGGACAGACACCGACGAUCUUGACUUUGACUUCGACAAUCUGGAGAUCGAUGACAACUUGGAUACGUCGGAAGUCAACCUAGAUGAGGAUUUAUUAGAAGAUUAGAAAAGCCUGUUACAUUUCCAUAGAUGCCAUUGUGAGAUGCUUGUAUGUCGUCAAUGCUUUGAUCUGAAUACUACAAAGAGUAUGUUUGUGAAGCUUUUUGGGCACUUAAAGUCAGCUGGGCCCGCUGCAUGAAAGUUACCAUUAUGGUAACUUUGCCAUGCAAUGGUAACUUAUAUGGAAUCCUUGAUUUUGAUUGGUUGUUGAUCAGCGUUGCCAUGGUAGUUACCAUUGGAUGACAAAGUUACCAUUUUUGUGUUCAAAUUUCAUGAAACACUUUUUCAUCAAAAUGGACGUUUUCUUAAAUUUUGGUAGGUGGGCCAUGAAAAAAAUCUAAGAGUCAAAGUGGUCCUCGAGUAAAUUAAGGUUGAGAAGCGCUGAUCUAAUAGAACUGAGGGGUGUUUCACAAAGAUUUAAGUGUGACUUGAGUCACACUUAAACGCCAAUGCACAUGUGUUAUUUAACAUGUAAUCUGAUUGAUGGAUGCGCGGUAGUGCGCAUCCGGUGUGAAUGAUAUGACCAAUGCGGUGAUGCCUUUACACCGCACUCAACUGAAAUUUAAGUGUGACUAUAAUUCACACUUAAAUCUUUGUGAAACACCCCCUGGUAUUAACUCAAAGCAUUUGGUGUAAUACAGCCUAUUCCAAAAUGGUAUUUUCCAGAUAUAUGUUGACAUUAUUGUUAAAUUGUAAAUAUACUAUAGCAUUCUAGUUGUUCAUUGUUUUGUCACUCAAAGUAUAUUUAAUAAGAGACUGUCUCAGAAGAUGUGAAUUAUGUCAUUCUUGAAUUAUCUGCAAAAUGGAUUUAUCAUGCAUUUUUAUAUGCUUGAAUCAGAAUUCUUUUAUUUUCACCAUAGAUGUGAAAAGAACAUUAUAUGAAGGGAUUGCUAGUAUGAAUUCAAUAAAUUACUUAAUUUAGCGGAAGGCCUUACAAAAUGUAUUGAUUUCAGAUAAGCUUCUCACAUAUUUAUUGUUUGCUUUUAUGGGGUUUGUCUGUUUUUGUUUUGUUUUCAUGUUAUGCCUCUCCCAAUGUAGGUUGGUGCUGGGGGCAUAAUGUCUCUUCUGUUUUUCUUGAUUUUAUUCUUUUUUAUACCUAAAUUUUCUAACUCGAAACAGACUGAGCUAUUCCAUGCGAUGCUCCAUGGUGGUGUGACUGUGACGUCAUUCUCUUUGGUGUAAACGGACCAGGGGGUGUGUUUCACAAAGAUUUAAGUAUGACUUAGAGUCGCAUUAUGCAACGCGCAAUCUUUUUGAUCAAUACGCAGUAGUGGGCGUCCUCUUGGCAUGAUCUGACCAAUGCGGUCAUGCCUUUAAUAAUGCAUGCAAAUAGCAGACCUGCCAACCAGUACGUUUUAGCCGUAUUUUGUACGUUUUUGCAACCAAAAUACGGCAGUACGUUUUUUCUUCGAAAAAUACGUUUUUUGUAAAAAAAAAUAAUAAUAAUCUCUAUAUGUCUCUAUUUCAUAAAACGUGCACAAAUAUGGUUAUUAGAUCAAUGUAAUAUCAGGUAACUUGUUUUUUUUUCAAUCAUUUUGUUAAAACCAGGGUGAGAUAUACACAUGUUUCAAUGUUUUUUUUUCAUCUGCAAGAGCAGUGCGCAUUAUAGCUUGCAUGCAGCUUGAGUGCCGCGAUGAGCUAGUGCGCCACGCAUUUUAUUAUGAAAUACACUUUUUGGGGGAAAAAUACAGUUUUUUUAAUCACAGAAUACAAUUUUUCAUUCCCAGAGGUUGGCAGGUCUGGCGCAUAAUGUCUCUUCUGUUUUUCUUUAUUUUAUUAUUUUUUAUACCUAAAUUUUCUUACUCGAAACCGACUGAGCUAUUCCAUGCGAUGCUCCAUGGUGGUGUGACUGUGACGUCUGUGAAUUUCAUUCUUAUAUGGAUUUUAAAUCCAAAACAAACAUUUCAUUCUCUUUGGUGUAAACGGACCAGGGGGUGUGUUUCACAAAGAUUUAAGUAUGACUUAGAGUCGCAUUAUGCAACGCGCAAUCUUAUUGAUCAAUACGCAGUAGUGGGCGUCCUCUUGGCAUGAUCUGACCAAUGCGGUCAUGCCUUUAAUAAUGCAUGCAACUAGGCAUUUAAGAACGACUCUUAAGUCGUACUUAAAUCUUUGUGAAACGCCCCCCAGGAGAAGGGGAAUAAAAGUCCAGAGGUGAACAUGACAUGUGAUAGCUUGCCAGGGUUAGGAUCUUGCUUAUCACUUGCAUUGUCAUGGGAAACUGAAAACAUUUAAACUUGUUUUGAAAUCAGAACCAAAAUAUCUCACUCCAACCGUAGUGUUGUACCGAGCUCUGCCUUCUUUCCUUCUCUAACUUCCACCUAAAAGCUUCUUAUUUUCACCACUCUAUAAGUUUUCUUUCCAUUUCUGUAAGAGCCUGUUUAUACCACAUUUUCCAAGAUGUUUUGAAAUGCAAUUGGUGAAAGCAAAUUCAAAAUGCAAUUCAUAUUUUUCUUCAGAUACAUUGAAACAAUUAUUCUGGUCUAAGAGUGGAGUAUGAAUCUGCCCCAAGGAUUUUUUUUAUUCCAUUUAAAUAUUUAUAUGGUUAUUGUGCGUUCGUACCCAUGAAAAGUAAAUAACUAAAAAGCUCUUUGUGACUUAUUAUUUAUCUACCUAUUUCUCAGCUCAGUGGGUCUCAUUUCAUUGAGUUUAAUUGAAAGUAAACAUGCUCUCCUAAUUAUGAUGUUAGCUGAAAUUUAUGUUUAUUUUAGAUAUUCCUUUUUUUUAGAAGAGAGGCAUAAAUUCUUAUCUUUAAUAAUCAUCUAUGUUGAAGAUUAUCAAUCUUGUCUCUUUGUUUGAACUAUCUUGUAUAUAAAAACUUUCACAGCAGAAAUGUAAAGGAGGUUGAAAGAAAGGUAAUCUGUAAUGAAUAUCUUAAUAAAUAAUUAUGUGCAUAAUAUGACAGUA